UUUGCGAGGUUGCAUUUAACGUAUUCUUCGGGUACAAGAAGCCACAUCAUUUUUUUUUCUACUUGUAAAAACGCAGGGUGAUUUUCUUCUUUUUGAAUAUUGUUCCAUCUCUAAACUUUUCAACGAGGAGCCCGUGUACUCAGCUGGUAUCAGUGUUCACCCUCAAUGCUGUGCGCAGAUACCUUUGCAAAUUUUUAGCACCUGCUGCCUGCAAGACUUAGUUUAAAUGAAUUAAGGCCCCUUAUGUGUUUAAAAUGGAAGAUAUCAGAACAAUUGGCCUGAUAAAACAGGCCAAAUAAUUUUUCUGGGAUCCCAGACCACCACCAAGCACAGCGAGACAUGUGUUUGGAGGAAUAUUCAUUCUUCUUGUCCCCUUGCCUGUGAACACACGUCCCAGUGUACAGCUAAAAAGGAGAACGUUUUCCGGGCGCAGAAAAGACUGGCCAGAGGCAGGUGGAUAGGCUGGCUAUGGUUACAAGACCAUGUUGGCCCGAAAGAGCAUCAUCCCGGAGGAGUAUGUGCUGGCGCGCAUCGCCGCGGAGAACCUGCGCAAGCCGCGCAUCCGCGAUCGCCUGCCCAAAGCGCGCUUCAUUGCCAAGAGCGGCGCCUGCAACCUGGCGCACAAGAACAUCCGCGAGCAGGGCCGCUUCCUGCAGGAUAUCUUCACCACCUUGGUGGACCUGAAAUGGCGCCACACGCUGGUCAUCUUCACCAUGUCCUUCCUCUGCAGCUGGCUCCUUUUCGCUAUCAUGUGGUGGCUGGUGGCCUUUGCCCAUGGGGACAUCUACGCUUACAUGGAAAAAAGUGCCAUGGAGAAGGGAGGUUUGGAGUCCACCGUGUGUGUCACCAAUGUCAGGUCUUUCACCUCUGCCUUUCUGUUCUCCAUCGAAGUUCAAGUGACAAUUGGGUUUGGAGGGAGAAUGAUGACUGAGGAAUGCCCUCUGGCCAUCACAGUUUUGAUUCUCCAGAACAUUGUGGGUUUGAUCAUCAAUGCAGUCAUGCUAGGCUGCAUCUUCAUGAAGACGGCUCAGGCCCACAGAAGGGCCGAGACCUUGAUUUUCAGCCGCCACGCUGUGAUUGCCGUGCGCAAUGGCAAGCUGUGCUUCAUGUUCCGGGUGGGGGACCUGAGGAAAAGCAUGAUCAUCAGUGCCUCCGUGCGCAUCCAGGUGGUCAAGAAAACCACCACCCCUGAGGGGGAGGUGGUGCCCAUUCACCAAAUGGACAUUCCUGUGGACAACCCGAUUGACAGCAACAACAUCUUUCUGGUCGCCCCAUUGAUCAUCUGCCAUGUGAUUGACAAGCGCAGCCCCCUCUAUGAUAUCUCAGCCACUGACCUCGUCAACCAAGACCUGGAGGUCAUCGUGAUUCUAGAAGGAGUGGUUGAAACGACUGGCAUCACCACCCAAGCACGCACCUCCUACAUUGCCGAGGAGAUCCAGUGGGGCCACCGCUUUGUGUCCAUUGUGACUGAGGAAGAAGGUGUGUACUCUGUGGACUACUCCAAGUUUGGCAACACCGUCAAAGUGGCUGCUCCACGGUGCAGCGCCCGGGAGUUGGAUGAGAAACCUUCCAUCCUGAUCCAGACCCUCCAAAAAAGUGAACUGUCCCAUCAGAAUUCUCUGAGGAAGCGCAACUCCAUGAGGCGAAACAACUCCAUGAGGAGGAACAAUUCCAUCCGAAGGAACAACUCUUCUCUCAUGGUGCCCAAAGUGCAGUUUAUGACCCCAGAAGGAAACCAGAACACCUCCGAAUCAUGACAGCCACCCAAAGCAAACUCUAGAUUUCUAGAGUUUACCCCAAGCACUAUCAAACUGAAUGGGAGCCACAGCACAAUCAUUUGUCUGACAUUGUAAUGCACCAAGUGACAUUCAUACUCAAGAAGCCUCACUUCCCACAUUAAUAAACACUAACA